AUGGGGUCAUGGCCAAUCAGAGUGUGGUCCACGAUGGUACUGUCGUCCGUUAUACCGACGGCGUUUAGUCAGGAGGUUGAUUUAGGAUGGUAUCCUCCGAGGAACACGUCUAUCAACAACUUGGAUGAUGUCCUCGCCGGUGAAGGGGUCUACGGCUUCAUAUUUAAUACCUCGGAGACUUCCGAUGCCGAGUACGGGACGUAUAACUGGUGUAACAUGCCUCACGUUCGAAAGACAGAAUAUAUCAAGCCGCCAGCCGAGUACGAACUCAAAUAUGUUGAAGUGAUUCAAAGACAUCACAAGCGAACACCGUAUGAAAGCAACGCUUUCCCAGUAGAGUCUUAUCGCUGGGAUUGUGACGAUCAAGGCCUUUAUUAUUAUGGGCGUGCUUUCGAUAGCGACAAGCAGCCCGUGGAAGGUUACUGGAAAGGUUACAUAUCGCCAGUUAACCCUUAUACCCCCUCUGGUUGGAUCGGAAGUUGCCAAUUUCCUCAAAUAACCUCUGCCGGACUUGAAGACUCCUGGACUCAUGGUCGAGAUAUUUACGGCGUAUACCAUGAUCUACUUGGGUUCCUUCCCGGAAAAGACGAGGAUUGGCGAUCUCAGGUGUUGUAUCGCGUUACACAUAAUGUAAUUACAAGCCAAGUGGCUGGCAUGUUGAUCAACGGGAUGUGGGGGACGACUGAAUCCGUACCAUUGAUGAUCCAAGGAGACGAAAUCGACAGUCUCGAACCGCAGUAUACUUGUGACGUGGGCAGUGAUCUAUUCGAUACCAUCAAGUCGUCCUCCACCGCCGCUUGGAAAGCCCAUCUGGACGCUGCGUCGGACUUGUUCAACACCUUGGAUGAUAUAUCUGGGGUACCUCCGAGUGAUUCCGGCUUCCAUGCAAGUUUCGACCAUUAUUUCGAUAACCUUUCCGCACGACAGUGUCACGCAAAGCCGUUGCCAUGCAAAUUAGAAAAUAGCGUGAAUUCCACCACGUGUGUCGACCAGUCUUUAGCUGACGCAGUAUAUCGUAUGGGGCAAUGGGAAUAUUCGCAAAUAUACCGCGACGCCCCUACUUCACUUGCUGCCUCUUCUACCACCUACGGCGUAUGGAUCGCUGAGCUGAGCCAACAUCUGCGAGAUGUGGUAGCCGAUAAAGGGGGUCCCAUCUACUUUCACAACUUUGCGCACGACGGUUCCGUGAGUCGAGUCUUGGGUAUAUUGCAAAUCGAUACUAUGGUGUGGCCAGGGAUGGGAAGUGAGGUGGUAUUCGAAAUAUAUCGGCGAACUGGAAAUGAGACGGCAUUGUCAAGCCCAGGGAGUGACAAAGGACGAACAAAGAGAGCAAAUCAGGGCUAUUUCGUAAGGGUAUUGUUUGGCGGCAAGCCCCUGAAAUCCUCGAAUCCUAGCCUUGGUUUGUUAGAUAUGGUGCCGGUUGAAACCUUGCUGACGUACUUUGAUGGUCUAGUUGGGAUGAAUGCUAGUUUAGUCGUAGGCAAAUGUAACGGGACAAUAUCUGUCUAG